AUGGGGCGCCGGCUCCUCCUCCUCCUCGGAGCCGCCGUGCUGCUGCUCUCGUCCGCCGCCACGGCGCAGGACUGCCUGUCCGCGACGUUCAGCGGUGGGCGGACCUUUGGGAAGUGCAACAGCCUUCCCACGCUCAGCGCCAGCCUGCACUGGACGUACCACCCGGAGAACGGCACCGCGGACGUGGCGUUCCGCGCGCCAUCGGACUCCAGCGGCUGGGUCGGCUGGGGCAUCAACCCCAGCGGCGGCAACAUGGGCGGCAGCAGCGUCUUCGUCGCCUCGCAGGACGGCAGCGGCGCGGUGUCCAUCCUCAUGACCUACCUGGAGAACUCCAACAGCCCCAGCCUAACCAACAACACCCUCAAGUUCAACGUGCCCGUCGGCCCCGCCGCCGAGUACUCCAACGGCGCCUACACCAUCUACGCCACCGUGCAGCUUCCCGGGAACUCCACGCAGCAGUUCACGGUGUGGCAGGCCGGCCCCACCAGCAACGGUGCCAUCGCCGCUCACCCGACGGCGCCAGCCAACUUGGCCAGCUUCCAGAGGCUGGACUUCCUCUCGGGGUCAAGCACCGCCGCGUCCAACUCCAAGCUUCACCGCCGUAACAUCCACGGACUGCUGAACGCGAUUGCCUGGGGCGUCCUGAUCCCCAUCGGCGCCAUCAUCGCCCGCUACCUGCGCGUGUUCGAGUCCGCGGACCCGGCGUGGUUCUACCUCCACAUCGCGUGCCAGUGCUCCGGCUACAUCCUCGGCGUGGCCGGCUGGGGCCUGGGGCUGAAGCUGGGCAGCGAGUCCGCGGGCAUCACCUACCAGCCCCACCGCAACCUCGGCAUCGCCAUCUUCAGCCUGGCCACCCUGCAGGUGUUCGCGCUGCUGCUCAGGCCCGACAAGAAGAACAAGUACAGGCUCUACUGGAACAUCUACCACCACUCCGUCGGCUACUCCGUCAUCGUGCUCAGCGCCAUCAACAUCUUCAAGGGGCUCGACAUCCUCCAGCCGGCCAGCGGAUACAAGACCGCUUACAUUGUCAUCCUGGCCACGCUCGGCGGCAUCGCGCUCUGCCUCGAGGCCAUCACCUGGCCCAUCGCCAUCCGGAAGCGCAGGCGGAACGCCGCCGACAAGGCGGCCAACGGCAACGGCCACAGCUGGCAGCAGGGUGCGUAG